AACGAAAGCACGAUUCCCGCUCAUGGUUUGCCCGUCAAGGGCGUUCCGGACGAUGCGUCGGCAGGAAGCCGCGAACGGCUCUUUGAAGUCCUCAAGAUGUCGCCGGCUUUGUUUUCCGUUCGAGUCCACGAGAAAACGUCAGCCGGGAGUGGCGCGGCGGCCAAAGCCUCGCCCCGGCGACGCGUGACGUCGUCUUUGGCCGGGCCCAAUGAGUGACCCGCUUUGAUCCCGUCAGACUCCCUCCCCCCGCCCCCUCCCGCGCGGCAGGUGUUGGAGGCUUUAAUCGGGUUCUCUUCAUCCUCGGCCGCUCGCUCGCUCGUCUUGCUCCGCCGACCCCGUCCGACCCCAUCCGGGACAUGGGCCUGCUCAGCUUCCUGUCCGCGGCCAAAGAACGAGCCGAGAGGUUCCUCAACGAAAAGAACAUCGUCACCGACUUCCUGGGCAAGGUCGAGGAGAAGACGGGAGUCAAGAAGAAGAUCCUCGCCGCCGGCGCCGUCUCGGUGACGGGAUUCUACCUGGUCUACGGUUACGGCGCCUCCCUGCUCUGCAACCUGAUCGGUUUCGUCUACCCGGCGUACUACUCAGUCAAAGCCAUCGAGAGUCCCGGCAAAGAAGACGACACAAAAUGGCUGACCUACUGGGUGGUCUACGGAGUCUUCAGUCUGGGGGAGUUCUUCUCUGACAUUUUCCUCUACUGGUUCCCCUUCUACUACGCCUUUAAGGUAGCCUCCUCGCCCCCUCCGCGCGCCGCACUUUCCUCUCGCUCUUGUCCUUCGCCGCAGUGUUUGUUCCUGUUGUGGUGCAUGGCCCCCGUGGCCUGGAACGGAUCCCGGGUCCUCUACGACCGAGUGGUCCGCCCCGUUUUCCUCCGCCACGAAGCCGCCGUGGACAACAUGGUCAGCGACCUCAGCGGGAAGGCCAUGAGCGCCGCCGAGAACCUCACCAGGGAAGUUUUGUCCACCUUGGUGAAAAACAAAGCCUUGGUGUCGCCCGAUGCCAAAGGUUUGCCGAGUGCGACCGGAGAAAGCGCCGAGAGAAGAAAAACGGCGUCUCCUCCGCGUGAAGAGCAAGAGGUGCGUACCGUCCAAAGUCCGAGCCGUCAAAAACCACAAGCGACGACUCCCAGCUCCUUGAAAUGAUACCGUCAACUCCCCUUUCAGCCUUUCCUGGGUUGACGCGCAGGUAAGCCGCUCCGCAGUUGGUCGCGAAACGGUGCGGGGACCUACUGUGGACAAAACAGGCCUCGCAAGUGCAGCGAAGCAAACUACUUUCACUUGUUCUUGGCUCCCCCAAAAUCCGAUCCAUCCCGCGUUAUGCUCGCAUCCCAACCGUUAGCCUGUUGGCGUUUGGGCAGCGAUUGAAAUGGUAACAUUGGAAUGUGUGCACUCAGCUUGCGGUGUGAGCGGCGAGAGGAGGCGCGACCCGGUCCGAGGAGAAGAAGGAGCUCCGCGUCGGACUUUUCCUUCCUUUCCUGCUGUUUUCGGACUUGCUCGGAACAGAUCCAGCAAACUUGAAAAUGUUCUUCAUCACCGAGGUCAAUUCAAAUGAACUUUUCUCCUAGUCAUAGAAGAUGUUGUCGUGUUUCUCAUCAUGCGCACGCAUAACACUUU